AUAUUGACAUUUAUUAUCAAUCACUGUAAAUUUUCGAGAAAAUAUUAUUUUCAAUUAUUUACAGAAAAAGUACACAAAACGCUAUCGAAACAUCACGAAUUAAUGAAUUGAGUUUGCCUGCAACUUACGUGUAUAUUUCAGGUUGGUUAAGAGUGUUGGAAAAUCUUAACUUGGCUGUUAGUUCAAAAUUCUUGCGCAGAAGUGAUACACAAAUUCGCGUAGGGACACGUAAGUCUUAACGCUACCGGUGCUGAGAUACUGACCAAGCUUGUAUUCUUUAAUAGAUUAGUUACGACGGAAAUGCGACUGAAAUUGUUAGUUUUACUGCUGUGUGUGGCUUUCUCUGUGGCCGAAAUACUCGGGCCUGAUGCUGCUCAGAGUGAGUCGAAGACUGAGGAAGAAGAAGACGAUGACGACCCUCUAGUCACCACGAAGAAGGACAUAGACGCCGACGAGUACCUCAAGAACUUGAACAAAGUGGUCUCAGAACAAAUUAAACAAUUUAAUGAGUAUGUGGGGACUAGGGAGCCACUUGAUAAAGACUCAUUGAGUACGGAGGAGUACCUGGAGAAGUCUGCCAAGAUCCUGGAGCAGAUGAAGGAGCGCAUGGACCAGCAGGCCGGCUGGGUGGACACCAUGCUCGACCUCAAGGAACCCAGCCUCAAGGGUCUGGACAGCCUGCAGCCAGCUCCCGAGGAGCAGCCAGAGCUUACACCUGAGGAGCAAGAAGCGGCGGCGCUCUACUCAGCGGGCAUGUCGCUCCUCAACCGCCGUUCCAGCGACGUCACCGCGGCCAUCGCGCUGAUCCAGCAAGCGGCGGCGCGCGGCUCCGCCCCCGCCCGCCUCGCCCUGGCCUGGGCGCGCGUGUACGGGGAAGGAGGUGCUGUGGACGUGGAGACCGCGAGGAGAGAGUUUGAGGAGCUGGUGAAGGAGGGGCAUGCUGAUGCGCAUUCUGGCCUCGGGUUCAUGUACGCCACCGGCACCGGGGUCCCGGUGUCCCAAGCUCGCGCGCUCGUGCACUACACCGCGGGCGCGCUGGCCGGCAGCACCUACUCGCAGAUGGCGCUGGCGUACCGCUACUGGGCGGGGCACACGCUGCGCGCGAGCUGCCACGACGCGCUCACCCUGUAUAUGAAGGUCGCCGCUAAAGUGGCGAGCUCAGUAAGCCUAAGCGGCGGCCCGGCCAUCCAGCGAGUUCGACUUCUCGAGGAGGCGGAGGGGGGCGCGGGGGGCACCCUCGACACCGACCUCAUCGAGUACUACCAGCUGCUGGCGGAGAAGGGAGACGUGCAGGCGCAGGUCGGCCUAGGCCAACUCCACUUCCAAGGCGGGCGCGGGGUCACUCUCGACGCGAGCAAGGCGCUCCACUACUUCCAACACGCGGCCGCCGCCGGCAACGCCGUCGCACACGCCUUCCUCGGCAAGAUCUACCUAGAGGGUGGUGACGGCAUCAAGGCAGACAACGAGACGGCGCUCAGGUACUUCAAGAAGGCGGCGGAACUCAACAACCCGGUGGGGCAGAGCGGCCUCGGGAUCAUGUACUUACAGGGUCGCGGAGUACCCAAGGACCCGUCAGCAGCCUUCAAGUACUUCACGAUGGCGGCCAAUCAGGGCUGGGUGGAGGGGCAGCUGCACCUCGGAUUCAUGUACUUUGGCGGCAUCGGAGUCCGGCGCGACUUCAAGCAGGCCAACAAGUACUUCUCCCUCGCAUCUCAAUCCGGCCACGUGCUGGCGUUCUACCACCUGGCACACAUGCACGCGCAGGGGCUGGGCGUGGCGCGCUCCUGCACCACCGCCGUCGAGUUGUUCAAGAACGUGUGCGAGCGCGGCCAGUGGGGCGCCCGGCUGAUGGCGGCGCACGGCGCGUGGCGGGCGCGGGACGCCCUCUCUUCCUUCCACCAGUACCUGGCGCUGGCGGAGCAGGGCUACGAGGCUGCGCAGACUAACGCCGCUUAUCUGUUGGAUAAUGGCGAAGUGACCCACUUCCCGGAGCCGGAGCGCUGGCGGCGCGCGCUUCAACUGUGGUCCCGCGCGGCGGCGCAGGGCUACUCGCCCGCCAGGGUCAAGCUCGGUGACUACCACUACUACGGACUGGGCACUGUGGCGGAUCUGGAGGCCGCCGCGCACCACUACAGGAUAGCCUCCGAACAACAGCACAACGCGCAAGCGACCUUCAACCUGGGCUACAUGCACUCCCUAGGGCUAGGACUCACUCGGGACCUGCAUCUCGCCAAGCGGUGCUUUGACCUGGCGGCGGAUACUGCCCCGGACGCUCGCCUGCCGUCGGCGCUGGCGUUGGCGGCGUUGGGGACCGCUACUACGCUUUACUCGGCGCAUAAGAACCUCUUGCAGAGCCCACUCGGAGUGAUGUUCCUGUCUGGAGACAGCCUGUUCCUGUCCAACUGGGACCUGUACCUCAUCACGGCGCUGCUCGGCGCGCUGGGCGUGGUGGUCUACCUGCGCCGCCCGCAGCCCGCACAGUGAGGGGGGAGGGAAGUUGUUCCAGCAUUUGGCCGGCCGCGUAGUUGAAACUGUUGUGGAAUGCUUGACGUUUUUUGUUGUGAUUAUUUAUUGUUUCUAUAACCAUCAUGUCACAUACUUACAUAGUUUAUUAUGAUUCGUAAAAAAUGGUAUUUGGUUUUAUCUAUU